CAUGUGCCAAUGUAUGUGUGCGGAGAGAGCAGAGGCGAAACACAGAUACAGAUACGGCGGCAGCGGCGAAUGUGUGCAACCUUUGCCGUCCGUCAUUCUCAUUCGUUCGUUGGUAGUGUUCGUUGUCGUUUCAGUUUCAGUUAAUCGAGAAUAAAGCCAUUGUAAGCAACUUUUGAGCGGCAUAUCGAACUGUGUGGCGUAUUUUAUUAGUUUUGUGAAGUAACCGAAAAAAAAAACAACAAACAACAAAAUGUCGACAGUCGAUAAGGAAGAGCUGGUCCAGAAGGCUAAACUGGCCGAGCAGUCAGAACGCUACGAUGACAUGGCCCAGGCCAUGAAAUCCGUCACAGAGACUGGCGUUGAGCUCUCAAAUGAGGAAAGAAAUCUGCUCUCCGUUGCCUACAAAAAUGUGGUCGGUGCCCGCAGGUCAUCGUGGCGUGUCAUCUCCUCCAUUGAGCAGAAAACCGAAGCAUCCGCUAGAAAACAGCAGCUCGCCCGUGAGUACAGAGAGCGUGUGGAGAAGGAGCUGAGGGAAAUCUGCUAUGAAGUUUUGGGACUUCUAGACAAAUACCUUAUUCCAAAAGCCAGCAAUCCCGAGAGCAAGGUGUUUUACCUGAAGAUGAAGGGUGAUUAUUACAGGUAUUUAGCCGAGGUUGCCACAGGAGAUGCACGCAACACCGUCGUUGAGGACUCGAAAAAAGCCUAUCAGGAGGCGUUCGAUAUUGCAAAAACCAAAAUGCAGCCCACACAUCCAAUCAGAUUAGGUCUUGCACUCAACUUUUCCGUCUUCUAUUACGAAAUUAUCAAUUCACCAGCGAGGGCUUGUCACUUAGCUAAACAGGCGUUCGAUGAUGCGAUAGCCGAGCUGGACACACUCAACGAGGACUCCUACAAGGACUCGACACUCAUCAUGCAGCUGUUGAGGGACAACCUGACCCUCUGGACGUCCGACACCCAAGGCGACGGCGAUGAGCCACAGGAGGGCGGCGACAACUAACCAAACAACUAAGCAAAUGUUUCCUUUUUGACUAUGCAAAUAUUAUUCAGUAAUACAAACAAACAAAAAACAGAAACAACAAAGAGAAACAAAUAUUAUAAAACGCAAAACCAGCAAAGCAAAACAAUUUGAAAUGAAACGAUAAUCCAGGCGAGAGGAGAAGGUAGGCAGGCAGGAGGAGCGAACAUUUGAGACAUUUACAUACGAAUUGAGGGCAGAAUGCUUCAGUUCAUUUGGGACCGAUUGGCCGUUCAAUUGUCUUGGUUAGUUUUUAGCCAGGCUCUGAAUGCAGCAGAUCCCCCAUAUACAUUAGUUAAAUGUAUGAACGCUGCCGGCCGAUCAGUCUCAAAUGUAGCCACUGAAACUGCUUAAGAAAUACAGAAAAAUACAGCAUCGCGUUAUGGGUCGAGCAAAUGCGGAGUAUUUCGGAGUUUGGUAAGAUUUUUCCGGUUUUUGAAUCAAAUUAAUCUAGCAGAUAAUUCAUAAAUGUGUGUCUUUUUUCCUCCGAUCGAAUCGUAACGGCCAUACUCUGGGUGCUUCGACUUUGUUCGCCCUAGCGAUGUCUCGUGUGGAUUUCCUCCUUACAAAACAAACAAAUAAAUAAUAUUCCUAACUGUAUACACAAGAAAUGAAAUGAGAUAAUCGGUUAUUAUACGUUUUUUGCAAGAGUCUAAAUUAAUUAUUUAAUUUUCGUAUGGCAACAGAAACAACUGCAAAAAAAAAUACAGAAACAGAAACAGCAACAACAACCAAGCGAACCAAAUGAGAAAAACAAAAAUAAAAACAAAAACUUAUGUAUUAUUUGUAAUUCUUUUUCUAAACAAAUAAAACCAAAAAAAAACCUA